CUGCCACCACAUCGCAAGGAGGAUGGUCCUCAAAAUAUUGGGUGCGACCUUGAAUGCUGUCCUUCCGUCGAACUACUACAAGCAUGCUGCGGCUGUGGUAGUCGGGACGGUUGUCAUCCGAGCAUUUGCGCAGGGCCGGACCACUGACCGCGAGCGGGACUUGCAUGCUAGGACCGUCCUGCUCACGGGUGGAUUCACGCCCUUGGGCUUGACCUUGGCGCAGCAGUUAGCUCAGAGGGGUGCCCACCUCAUUCUUCUCUCCUCUGAGCCCAUCAACUCCCCCCGCGUCGAACUCCUCGUCGAGCUCCUGCGCACCCAGACGUCUAACGACCAGAUCUUCGCUGACGAAUGCGACCUCAAAUCUCCCGCAUCAAUCAAAGCGUUCUGCACCAAGUUCCUCACCGGGAACGAGACCCGACUGGAUGCCAUCGUCUUCGCGCACGAAUACCAGCACAUCGGCGCCGUACUCGGAUCCACAGACGAAACCCGGAGGCAAGACGAGAAGGAGCGCGAAGCAGGGUCUAUGGCCACCUUCUUGAUCACCACUCUUCUCCUCCCUGCGCUGCUAGUCGCGCCCGUUGAACGUGACAUCCGCAUCGUUAACGUGGUUAACCCCUUCUACGCCGCCGCCGCGCCGCACUACUCUCCGAUGUCUUCGCUCCCGCUUGCUCCCUCUCCCCCUCAUUCUUCGCCAACAUCUUCCCACGCGAUCCCCACACCUCCCUCUCCCGCGUCGUCGUCUGUUUACAUCCUGGAGGGCCAUCGCGCUCUGAGGACCGCCAUACUCACCCGUCACCUCCAACGGAUCCUCGACGCUCUCCCUAACCGGUCAGCCCCUCCCCCGACGGAGAGCGAAAGCAGCACUAUCCCCGUUGUGAGCGGACAAGCGCAGCGCUCGAACAUUGUCGCCGUUUCUGUCUCUCCUGGAAUCAGUCGUUCGGACACCGUAUCGAGAAUCUUAGGUGCCGACCGCGAUUCGGCCACAACAUUUUCGUGGCUCGGAUUAUUGAUAUAUAUCCUUCUCCAACCCGUCCUCUUCAUCUUCACCAAAUCGUCUUCUGUGGCCCUGCAAUCUGUCCUGCAUGUGCUAUUCCUCCCUACACCGUUUAAGUCUCUCGAAAACGCGAGCACUGGCCCGACGUCUCUGGUCCCCAAAAGGAGAGGCGAGGAAAUCUUGAAACCGGGAGCGCUCUACGCGGAUUGCAGUGUCGUACGGGUACAAGUGCCUACACCACCCACCACCGACGAUCCUUCAGCGGAUGCCCCUUCGUCUGACCCAACUCCAGCGCCAGCGCCCACGACAGCGCCAGAGAAGCCCACAUCCGACUCUAACGUCGACCCUAAGUCGGGCCUCCAGUCCAUCCCUGACGACCAUGAGUACGGCGGCGAGCUGGUCGGGCGGCUCACCUGGGAGUCGUUCGAGCAGCAGCUCAGGGACUGGGAGCGCACUAAUCCCGAGCCUGCGCCGCAUCACACGCCGGCACCCCAGACGAGUGAGAAGGGCGCGAUUCCGAGCACUCCACCGCAGACGGCGCCGGUCGAACUAGAAGAGGAGGGCGCGGACGUGUAUCAUUGAGAGAAAGAGGUAGGAGGUAGAGACUUGAUUGACGAACCAUUACGAUCUUUCAUCACUGCGGACUUACGGUUUGGAUAUGCAUACCACAUCUAUAUGCACGCAGCACUAAUG